CGUCCAGUUUUUCCUUAAAACACCUCCGGGGACGGUGACUCCAUGAUCUCCCUGAGUAGCCCAUUCCAAUAUCUAAUCAUCCCUUCUGUGAAGAAAUUCUUCCUAAUGUCCAACCCAAACCUCCUCUGGCUCAGAACAAGACUAUCUCCUCUAGGCCUGCCGCUAAUUUAAUUUUCCCGCUGAGUUCUGAAAGCACCGCCACCGUGGCCAAAGCAGAAGUUACUUUCAAGAAAAAAACCCGAACAACCCAAAGUCAAAGAACCACCAGCCCCUGCAAUUGGCGCGGUAGCGCGGCGGGCCCGCCCGCUGGCUCCGCUCCCGGGGCGCUGCCCCGCCGCCGCCGCGGUUGCCUGGAGACGGGAGCGCGGCGGGAGCGGGCCCAGGGAGAAAGUACAUCCAUCUUUUCCAAUGGAACAGGAAGCAGAAGAAGAUACACAGGCAGAUCCCAGUGGUGCAAAAGGCAGUUUGGAUGAACAAGAUAAUCAUCAAGUAUCCUCAGAAUCACAAAAGAAGCCUGAGAAGGUGAAAAGGAGAAUCCCAGAAACCUUCGUCUACUCCUAUGAAGAGGUAUAUUCAGGACCAUAUGCCACUGAUGACAAUGAGAUACCCACUGACCUUCUUACUUUUAAACAAUCUUUUGGAUAUGACUGUACCAGGCCAGUAAACCUGAUGGUAAUGGACAGACACACUGUGGGCUAUAUAGCAGGCAACCAGGUGGUGCUCCAGAACCUGAGAACCAACUACCAGAACUAUGUCCGGAGCAGCUGUGGCGGUGGAAUUGGGUUUAUCACAGCACACCCUACUAAGGAGUACUUUGCAGUAGGAGAAAAAGGAAAGAAGCCAAACAUUGUCAUCUACACAUAUCCUUCAGUGAGGCCCUACAGAAUACUGAAAGGUGGAACAGAGGUAGCCUAUGUUUUUGGUGAUUUCAACCGUACUGGCACUUUGCUGGCCAGUGUUGGAAGCAGCCCUGACUACAUGUUGACUAUCUGGGACUGGAAACAAGAGGAGACUCUGUUGAGGUCAAAAGCUUUUGCACAGGAUGUGUACAAGGUCAUGUUUUCUGCUGCGAACGAAGAGCAUCUAACUACAGCUGGAUCAGGACACAUCAGGUUCUGGAAGAUGGCUCUCACAUUAACUGGUCUCAAGUUACAAGGAGCUUUGGGCAGGUUUGGAAAAACAGCAGUGUCUGACAUUAUAGGUUUUGUGGAGCUUCCCGAUGGGAAGGUUAUCUCAGGGGCUGAAUGGGGCAAUUUCCUGCUUUGGGAAGGUGGCCUCAUUAAAGUAGAGCUCUGUCGAGUUGGACGCCAACCCUGUCAUGAGGGCUCUAUCAGCCAGUUAAUUUUUGAUGAAGGAAAACUUUACUCUGUUGGAAAAGAUGGUUUCAUUCGGAUGUGGAGCUUUGAGGUAGUAGAUACUGCUGAUCCUGUGGAUGACACAGGGUUAGUGGAGAUGGAGCCUAUGAAUGAACUUUGGCUGGGCAAGGAUGUCAGCCUGAAUUUCAUGACAAAAAUUCGUGACCAUGGACACACCUUUUGGUAUGCUCAGGAUACAAAUGGAGCAAUAUGGAAGCUGGAUUUGACUUUUUCAAAUAAGACACAGGUCCGAGAGCGUGUGUGCACCUUCCACUCUGGGAGCAUCGAGGCCGUCGGUGUCUCUCCCUUUACCUGCCUGAUGGCCACCACAGCUCUUGACCGGUCAGUGCGUGUCUAUGAUUUUGGCAGCAACAGCCAACUGAGCGUAACCAAGUUCACGCAGGGAGGAACAGCGCUGGCGUGGGCACCGGCUGUUGUAAAUCCAGAAGGAGGUCAGAUUGCCGUGGGGUUUGAAGAUGGUGUUGUCCGCAUAAUUGAGGUUUAUGAUCCCAGACUGCUGCCGGGUCAUGCAGGACAGGCCAAUGAGAUUGCAGAGAUAAAUCUGAAACAAGUUUUCAAACCUCAUUCUGCUGCAGUUACAGCCCUGGCAUAUGAACCAGAGGGAGAUAUAUUUGCCACAGGGAGUAAAGACAAAACAGUUUUCUUUUUUGCUAUUGAGGAUGAAUACAAGCCAAUUGGAUUCAUCCGUGUCCCUGGGCCUGUACAGGCAUUACACUGGUCUCCACCUUCUCAUGACAAGAGCACGCUGCUCAUCCUUUGUGAGAAUGGCUUUGCUGUCCAGGUUCCUGCCCCUGUCCCUGAGAAACAGGAUACAGCGACCACCUAUCACAUAAAAAACCUGCCAACACAGUACUUCCAUUUUUGUAGUAUUAAAUCCAAAAUCAAGCUGGAAGAGGAGAUUGCACGGAGAGAGAAAGAAAAGGAGGAGAAGGAGAAAGCAAGGCUUGAAUGGAUAAAGCAGCAAAAGGAGAUGGGACUUGAGGUAGAGGAAACUAAAGAGGAAGAACCUGAAGAAGAGCCAUUGCCAGAUAUCUUCAUACCAGAGGAGCCCAGUCCCAUCCUCUGUGGCUUUUACUCAACACCAGGAAAAUUCUGGCUUUCCUUGGGUGGGUACGACUCAGGGUUUCUCUAUCACUGUGAAUUCUCACAUGAUGAUGAAGAAGACCCUGAGAAGAGGAAAGAUGAACCCUUUGAAGUGAUUCCUAUGGAGAACACCGAAAAUAACCCCAUUCACCAAAUCUCCUUCUGUACCAGCCACCCCCUGAUGUUCUGUGGGAUGCAGGAUGGCUCGCUGCGUGCUUAUCCUCUCGGUGAUAAAGAGGUGUCAGUGGAUGCCCUGAAGAACUACUGGUACCUGAAUGUGCAUGACAACGAUAAUGGGCAGAUCCGAGGGAUCUGUUUAAGUCAUGAUAAUGAGAGUCUGAUUACAUAUGGUGGAGAUGGAAACAUUUUUGCAUUCGACCUCUUGUCAGAGGAAGCACCUCCCAAAGAGCUAAAGGUCAUAAUCCCCCCUCCUAGGAGUGGUCUUGAGAAGGAGAAGGGUGCUGAAGACAUUAAGGAUCCUGAUGCCUACACUAUUGAGGAAUACAAGCAGAAAAAGGAGUAUGAAAGGAAAAUGAAAGAAGCUGAAGAAAAGAAAAAUAAGAAAAGAGAGCAGUUAAGUGCACUGAGACAAGACUUUGUUUUUCUCCUUCAAAAGAAUCAGGAGUUGCCCAAGCACAUGCAGUUGCACAGAGAGGAGUUUGAGAUGGACCGUAGGAUCUUUGAAGAGCUGGACAGGCAGAGACUACAGAGAAUCCAGUCAGUGCAAAAGGAGCAGGCUUGGGAGAACGAGAAACAAUUGAUUGGGCUGCAGAAACUACAAACACAGUUUCAGGACUCUCUGGAAUUUACUCUCACUGUUCACGCUAUUCAAAGCAAUCAUCAGAUUUCCACCUACAGCCUUCUGACAGUGUCUGAGAAAUAUGCCCAAGAUAAGAAACACGAGGACAGCAAGUUGGCAGGAUUUAAAGAGAAGUGGACAGCACUUAAAGAGACAGAACAAGCAGAAGAGAUCCCCAGAAAGACAGGCCCUGUGCACAGAGAAAGUGUAGUUUUUGAGACUGAGGAUGAAAGGCUGGAGACACCAGAGGUCCAAAAGCCAACCACACGUUAUAUAGAGAGCAGACGUGAGAAAAUCAGAAGACUUGUGGAGAAAUAUGAUGCUCUGAAAGCCAAGAUCAUGAAGAGGAGGGCAGAGUGGCAUGAGUUAUACAAGAACAAACCUAGAAUUAACUCUGAGAAUUCCAAAGAUGCUGAGGAGAUCAAAGAAGCACGGGAGAAUAUAGGAUGUUACAGGCUGAAGACUGCCACUAACUACACACUCACUGAAGACGAUCGUAUAAGCACUGAAAAGAAGAUGAUGCAGCUUGCAACCCUGGAGGACUUGAUCCAUGAGAGGAAAACAAAUAUGAACAAAGAGAUUGUGUCUUUGCGGGAUCUCAAGGUUUCCACCAUUGAUGAAAUCAAGAGUUUAGUGAAGGAAGUGAAAUCCAUACAGGCAAGCUUAGAUGUAUCAGAACGUCUCCCUAUUCCCCUGAUCCCUCAGUUACACCCAGAUGAGGUUCCUGAAAAAAUAGUUGAGUACAACAGUGAUGUCCUCCUAAAGUUCAAAGAGGAGCAGGAGGCCAAGGCAAAGCUCAAGGAACCACUGGAAGGUUCCUCAUCUCGUGCAUUUAGGCACGUGUUUCUUCAAGCUCCUCCGGUGGAAGAGGGUGGCCCCAUGGCACAGGCUGGAGAUGCAUCAGCUGUAGUCACAGAGAAGCAGAAUGCUUUUGGGAUGGGGAAAGCAGAGCCAACAGAAAUGGAACUGGAAAUUUUAAAGAGGGAGAAGAUAAAAAAUCUAUACUUGCAGGAGGCCUUGAUUAAAAAGAUCAACACACUGGUGAUCAACUUCGAUGCUGAACUUCGCCUUUUGCGGCACAAGAAACUGAAGAUGGAUGUGCAGAUGAAAAGUGCUGGUCUGCGCUGCCUCACAUGCUGUGAAGAGCUGCUCAUCCUGAAGAAACUUGAGGUACAUGAGGACCUUCUUGAGGAGCAAAUUUGUGCCCUCAUCAAUGAACAGGAGGACAUACAAUCAGAAUUGAAGAGCUACCUUGAACGAAUGGAAGACAGGAAGUGUGAGAUUGUAAUGCUUCAGGAACGUGAGAAAGCUCUUUAUGCCAGCUUCAAAGCAUCCCUUGGAGAAAACAAUGAAUUUGCUGAUUUUUUGACCAAUAUUUUGAAAAAGAAAGUUGAGUAUGUGGAAAAAGAAGAAGUAGGAAGAGAAGCAGAUGAAGAAAAUGAGAAUGGAGAGGAGGAUGAUGAAAAGCAUGACUUAAAGACUGAUGAAGAAAAUUGUGGAUCUGAAGAUGUAAUCUUUGCUGACUCCAUUUGCCCAGAAGGCUGCAGUGAGGAUCUCUUCCUGAACACCGUCCAGCUCCGGCAGCAGCGGAUACGCAUUGAGAAAGCUUUAGCAGAGGAGAGGAAAGUUGCUGCUGACCUCAAAAAGGAAUAUGAUGUCUUGGCCAUAAAGGCAAAAGAAAUAGAAAAAAGUCUGGACACAACAAACGGGGAACUGGAGGCCUUUCAGUGGGAAAAGCUGCACAGACUGAAUGAGCUGGAUGUAGUUGUGCCUUUGAGACUCCACCAGGUGCAGUGCUUGGUUGAUGGGGAGAUGCCCCGUGACUUCUCCCACACUUUAGUAUUUACCAACCAGUCCUUGCAGUACCUGCGAAAGAGAAUCGUGGACCAACGUCAUGAAAAGAUAAUGCAAAGAGAGAUCCACAAGAAGGCCAAGGAGGAACAUAAGCAGCUUCUCCAGGACAGAAAGGAGAUGAAGAAGGAGAUUGAACGACUGACGGAGAGGUGCAAUCACCUGAUGAUGGAGAAGUUCGGUCGGCUUGUUGAUUUUGAAGCAGUUCAAGUCCACUCUGUUAAUAUACCCAUGGAGCAGAUGAAAGUGAGAAUAAUGGAGAAAGAGUAUGAGCAUUUCAUGGAGCUCAAAGAAUGGGAGGAAAGAAUUGUAGUCCUGCAGCAUCAGCUAACAAAGCUGACAAGGGAAAACACCAGCAAGCUGCACCAGCUGAACAGGUUUUGCCAUGAAAAGCAUCAGCUCGAGACUGAGCUAGAAUCACUGGCUGCUCAGGGUGGAAAAUUUGAGGACUCCCGAAGUGCUGACAUCAAAGAGACAACCAGGCUGGAGAGACGGCUGGUGCACAUAACUUGUGAGGUGGCCUUUCUGAGAGAGCAGAUCAACCAGGGCAGAGUAUGUGGGAUGUAAAGGAACUUGCUUUCCUUAGCAGAAAAGCAGGAGGAGAAGACUGCAGUGAAACCCCACGGAUCUGGCAGGGCAGGGAGCAUGCCAAUGUGGCCUCACCAAACUUUCCAGAGAGAAAACAGGUUUCCAUUCUCUCCGGGCACAAUGGCAAACCUUGCUGAGGCACUCCAAGCUUGAAGUUUGUCUCAGACAACCUGUGCUGUGGGGGAGGAGGUUUUGUGCCAGGAAAAAAGUCCCUCAUGUGCAUUUUUACAAUGCUGCACACCAGCCCAGGCAACCACUGGUGAAAACGGCACAUCCCGCAGUUGGUCAUUGUCACAGGUGACAGGUCACGCUGUCACAUCAAGGCUCAGGCUGGUGCCUCUUCCCAGGACCCAGGGCUAACAGAUCUCCUGAAUGGCACGCCACUAAAUCUGGGUGAGACCACACUUCCUUCGCAAAACCCCACUCUGAGGCAGUGCGUUGCGUCUGCAGCCACGGCACGGCCACGUGCUGUCGACAGCUCCCUCGCCCCCAGAAACCCAUCCCAGGACGUGGCACGGUGACCUCGGGCAGUUUGGGGAGCCGGGGGCAGCAGGAGGGCUGGCGGCAGGCGGGCGGCAGGCGGGCAGCAGGCAGCCUCCCUCGGCAGCCCCGGCCAGCAGAAAAAUGUGGGGUUUGUUCUCUGCGAAAUGCAGCAGCGCUCCAAGAGCGAAAGACAACUCUGGCUCCAAGCUUCUCCCACCCACAGUCAUGGAAAAGUGACAUGAAAUUUCUCAUGCAGACUUUCUGAUUAAAGCAAGAUCCUUUAUGGAGUUUAAAUAAAAACCAGCUCUCUUGGCAAGGCAUCGAGAAAGCCUCCCCGAGCGUGGGGCGGAGGGGCUGUCGGGCGGCUGCUGGGGGAGCCAGCGGUCCCGGGCCCAGAUCUGAAGGGAGGAGGUUGAAAAGAAAAGGGGAGGUUUUGCAAUGUCAUAAAAAUGAUUUGCAAUGAACAUGCUUAAUACUUCUGGAAUUUCUUGGCAUUGUUCAAUUAAAAAAAUAAUAAAAAGAAGGAAUACGGCCGAACUUCAGA